AUGUCGAUGAAUGGCACAUGGGCAGAUGCGAUUGUAGUUCAAGCCGUUUCUGAUGCCCUGAAUUGUAUAAUUGAUAUUACUGAGUCUGCACUCAAUUUCAAUGCAACGACUAUUAUUCACCCAGUUAUUCAUGGAGCAAAGUAUACUAAAAUACAUAUUGGGCACAUCGAUGAACUUCACUAUGUUUCUGCAACAAUGUAUUCUGCAAACAAGCCAAAAACAAGGCAAGAUACUAGCACCAAUAAAGUCAAGGUAGAACAGGCACAGAAGUUAGAAAGUCCAAAAGAACAAAUAAGUUCCAUGAGCACUGAAACAGAAUCUAUGAAGCGAAAAAGAUGCAGUUUUAAUCACGGGCAACUACAGCAUGAAUUAGAAUGUAAAAAAACUAAAUAUGAUGCACAAAAAAUGAAAUAUUCAGAUGUCAGCGAGAGACAAAAAUACAUUCAGACAUUUCAUGAUCUUGUUAAAUCUGGUCCUGAGUAUAUCUGUACAUGUUGUGAUCAGUUAUGGUACAGAACAUCUGUAAAGAUGUGCAAACCAAGUUGUUAUAACAUGUGUCCUGAGAAUAUUCUUAAGCUUUGUCUUACUAAUGUUAAAAGUUUUGACAACAUUGAAUGGAUUUGUUGCACUUGCCACUCAAACUUGAAAGAUGGAAAGUUACCGGCAUGUUCGAAGGCUAGUGGUAUGAAAUUCCCACUAAAGUCUGACCUACUAAAUCUUACCUCCCUUGAAGAAAGGUUAAUUUCUCCACGUAUACCUUUCAUGCAAAUUCAUGAACUUCCAAGAGGAGGUCAAUUUAAAAUACAUGGGAAUGUUGUAAAUGUCCCAGCAAAUGUAAACUCGACUGUCAAUGUUUUACCAAGAUCAAUGAAUGAAUUACAAACCAUUCCAGUCAAACUAAAGAGGCGUCUUAGUUAUAAACACCACUACAGGUUCCAGACUAUUCGGCCUAUGAAGGUGCUAAUGGCUGCCCAAUAUCUUGCAAAGAGUAGCAAAUUAUUUAUAAAUGAAGGUAUACAGGUAAAUGAUGCUUUUCUUGAUACAUACACAGACAAAAUGGGCAACAAUUUGUUGUAUGAGCCCAAAUGCAUGAAUGAACAAGGCAACCAAAGUGAUACUGAUCAAGAUCUUGUCUCCUCUUCUCCUAUCCUUGAGAAUGGAAAGGAUAAGGUAAACAAUAACAAUAAGCAACAUGAUUUUGAAAACAGAAGUAAAGACUUUAUUAGUUCUAAAACAUCUGGCAAUAAUUCUGAUGAUAACUGGUGUGAAAUUGAAGAGCGUCCGGCCCCAGUAAUGGAUACAUUGCUAGUUGAACCUGACACAGUUCAAGAUAGUGAAUUAGUGUUUAACUUUGCACCUGGGGAGGAUAAUAAACCAUUAGGUUUGUUUACUGAUAAAGAUUCCGAGUACUUGUCUUUCCCAACAAUUUUUUGUGGAGAACGUAGAGUUGACAACAAGGACAGAUUAGUUCCAGUUCACUAUAGUACUGUGUGCAAAUGGGAAAUGCGGAGUCGGGAUAGAAGGGGUGCACAGUCUGUUCCUAAUAUAUUUUACAAACUGAAAAAACUCCAAAUUAAGAGGAUUCAAGAUACAGCUUCUAUUGCCAUUCGGAAAUGUAAAACUAAAGGGAAACAGUAUAAGGCAGGUGAUUUAAAAUCAGAAGCCUCCAUUCAAAAACUAGUGCACCUUGAUGAAGGAUUUAGAGUCUUGAGAAAUCUUAGAGGAUCCCCUCCAUAUUUUGAGAAAUGCAAAAAGGACUUGUUUGCUAUGAUAAGACAACUUGGAACACCAACAUGGUUUUGCUCGUUUUCUGCAGCUGAGACUAGAUUUACUUAG